AUGACCAAAGACAGUGAACACUCACUGUUUUACACCUACACGGCUCUGUCUAAACCUCUCAAUCUGACUGGAAUCUAUGAGUUCACAGCACUGGGCAUGCUCGAUGACCGAGAACUCGACUACUACAGCAGUGAGACUCAGGUUAAGGUUCCUAAACAGGACUGGAUGAAGGAGAAGAUGGAAAAGGAUUACUGGGAUAAAGGAACUCAGUCCCGUAAGAGCAAAGAGCAGUGGUUUAAGGUCAACGUGGACAUCCUGAUGGAGCGAAUGAGACACAAUAAGUCUGGUUAGUUCAGUUUUAUUCAUCAUUACUCA